GCAUCAUCAUUGUCAUCAUUGUGAUUUUUUAUCAGUAUUAUCCUCAUCAUUAUUAUCAUCGUCAAUAAUAAUAAUAUCAUUAUUAUAAUUAUCAUUAUCACCAUAUAUACUAUUACUACGAUCAUUAGUACUCUCUAUCAUUAACAUCGUCAUGAAAGUCCGUAUCAUCGUCAUUAUCCUUCUACCUGCUUUUAGCUUCCCCGUCGGACUAUCGCAGGCAAGAGAACGCGGAUGAGGAAGCACAGAAUCUCGCCCAUAAGAAUAUUCACUAAAAAAAAGUGGCCUAAACCUUGGGCGCAAACUUCCUGCCACACGCAAUCUCCAAUCCUACGCUACGAGAACAAAUACAAACGCAGACCAAUGCAACAACAGGAAUGUGAAAUCUCCCCCAUUCGCAAGGAACUUGAGAGACAUAAAAAAAAGGAAAGGUGGUCCACGUAAUAGGAAAAGAGAGAAAGAGAGGACAAAAUCUGGGGAAGUAAAGGAAAAUGUUUACGCCAGUUUCCCCUGAAGGAGAAAGUCCCGAGUCGAGAGCCUCAGUGUUGACAAUCCGCUCGGAGGAGUAAGACGUCGCCCGCCGCCUCUCCCUGGCCCUCCGCUCUCCGCUUCUCGGGAAUUGUGUCAGGUGGCAUUGUGAACUGAGAGGACCAGCUGUCAGGAAUGAAGUUCUUACUCUAUUUAGCCCUCGUUCGGUCCCUGCUUGUGCAUGGCAGAGCAUCUUGGGGCAACGUUGACUGGGACGUGAUCAUCUUCACCCAGCAGUGGCCCAUCACCAGCUGCAUCAACCACCUGGCCCACAACCCUAAAGCCUCCUGUAACCUGUUUCCAAACAUGACAUCGUGGACUGUCCAUGGUAUAUGGCCCACUAAAUUAGGCACAAUUGGCCCAAAUUACUGCAACAAGUCAUGGGAUUUCCAGGAGUCCGAAAUCCUCAACAUUGAACCUUACUUGAUAAAGUAUUGGGGCAACAUUUUUGGAGAGGACUCACGCACUUCCCUCUGGAGCCAUGAGUGGAAGAAGCAUGGGACCUGCGCUGCUCAGCUGCCGUCACUUAACUCUGAAAAGAAGUAUUUUGAAAAAGGCCUGGAAUGGGUGACACAGUAUGACUACGUAGCUGUAUUGGGGCAGCACAAAAUUUAUCCUGAUGAUGUCCAGACGUACACAAGAGAGGCCAUAUUUGCAGCUGUUAAGGACAUGUUUGGUGUGGAUCCUUCCAUUGACUGCAUCUACAAUAAGAAAACCAAACAGCAUGAAUUAUCCCAGAUCAAGUUGUGUUUCGACCGCUCACUGCAUUUGGUGGAUUGCGAUGGCAUCAUUGGUGCAAAUGAAGAGAAAGUCCUUGGAAAUUGUCCCUUUAAAGGGAUUACGUACCCGGCAUCAGUGAGGUGAGUUAUUGUUAAUUUCCUUGUCUCUGAUCUACUGAAUGCCUCUGCAGUAAGCAGAUGCAUCCCUUCGAUAUUCUGAAUGGUUGCAGCAUCAAUGCAUUCUGGAGAAACUUUUGUUCAUGCAUAUCUUCCAUUGUUGACUUUUCUUGAUAUUGAUUUUUCACCUUUUGACUAAAAUUUUCUUAACUUCAUUAUUAUUUUUUAGAAGUUUUAUCUGCAGUUUACUUGUAGCAUUUUUCUUGUUUCUUCGAAACAGUUGUAUAUGAUCAGUAUUAUAAUCAGCACCUGGAUGGGUCUUUACUCUCUGCACUGAGUUUUUAAAGCGCUCAUUUAUCAAUAUAAAAUCAAUCUGGUUCCGACAGCCAUCUCCAGGACUCUUCCAGGUGUACAAUUUUUUUACAUGAUGAUUGAAAUGUUUGUUACAAUCAUUGUGUGUUCUUUGCAUCACUCAACUAAUUUUUCACCCCUUUCAUUUCUUUGUCCUAGUCCGUAUUUCCCAACAGUUUUGCCAUCUCUGUUUUGUCCAAUUUUUGCAUUAAAAUUACCCAUGACUAUUGUUAUGUCUUGAGA